UCUACCUUUCUCAUUGCAACAUGUCCCAACGCACUCACCACAUCGCGCGCGCCUGGUCGAUUCUGGAGGAGCGCGAACUGUCGCGCUCUAUGUACGCGCGGCAGCUCGGCACAGGCCCAGAGCAAGUGUUCUACAGCACCAAGGCUGCGCGGGCACGUGCAAACGUAGCAGCGAACCGAUACUCUAACGUCCUUCCUUAUGACCGUGCCGCCGUCGCGACGGAGGAGGGCGCGUAUGUAAACGCUAGCGUGGUGCGCGCAGGUGGCGAGUGGUGGGUAGCUGCCCAAGCGCCCGUUCCGGACAACUUUGCAGCCUUCUUCCGCGCCAUUCUCUAUCGCACCGCCUCGCAACAUCCUCUCAUUACUCCCUUACGUCCGAAGAAGAGCAACCACGCCAUUCUCGUCCAGCUCACGGGCUGGAGCGAGCGCGGGUCGCCCAAGGCGGACGACUACAUGCCAAAGGAUAGCCUUACCUUCCAUCACCCAGUUGGCAACGUGCAUCUGGACCGCAAGACCAGCUUGACGAAACCCAACCUCGGUGCCGAGUACACCGAGAUGAUAUUGGCGGACGUGGACAGCGCCAUGACAGUUCAUCACUACUUCUACGGCGCCUGGCCCGACCACGGGGUGCCAGAGGGCAAGGCGUUGGCUCAGCUGCGUGGGCUCGUGCGCGAGGUGCGGCAGCUCGCGGAGAAGGAAGGGUGUGAGGUCUGGGUCCAUUGCUCCGCUGGAGUUGGACGCACCGGGACGUUCAUCAUGCUCUUGUCGAUGCUCGACCGCCCUCCUUCGAAAGGGGAGGAUGAGGCGCCUUUCAAAACUCCGCUCGGUGACCUCAAGAUGGAGCCCGCCGACCCAAUUGCGCGCCGCGUCGACGCCAUUCGCGAGUACCGCUGCAUGUUGGUUCAGACGCCACAACAGCUGGCGCUGCUUUACACCAUGAUGGGUGUAUAGGCUGACGACCCCCGAGAAUGAGGCACCUGAAUGCGCUGUGGGCUCUACUCAUGGUGAAAUUGAGCGUUCAGGCCCUACGAGCUGCGAGCACCUGCGACUGUAUAGCAAGCUGGCUUGCUUCCCUUCACUAGUUAUGUAGCAUACUUCUUCCAAGCAUGGAUCUCAUCUUUGAGUCGUAUCCGG